UGUACCUGACGGAGAGCUGAGACUGGUUCCUGUCGCACAUCAGUCAGGAUGCGGCCCCACUUCCUCCUCAGCACUGAGCUCUGUCACUUACACUACAGGAGUCCCCUUUACUGUGACGGCACAAAUAACACUAAUACAGGUUCAGUUAAGACCACUGUUGUGGGACAUAUCGGACCCAAACCACAGCAACAGAAUGCUAAUCCAAAAUGCGUGGGGAACAUAGCUAAUGCUAUAUAUGAUAAUUUUCAGGAAAUGUCCAAACAUUCAAGAGAAGAGAUUCGACACAGCUGGGCAUAUACUGGCAAUGAUGGGGAGAACAGCUGGGCAACAAAAUAUAGCUUUUGUGGUGGUGUCUACCAGUCACCCCUGGAUUUCCAUGGCAGUAUCCUGCAGUAUGAUUCCACUCUUAAACCCAUUCAACUGUAUGGGUACAAUGCUUCCAGCACAGACUACUUCACCAUAUCCAACAAUGGACAUACAGUGUCUAUGUCCCUGCUUCCAAGUAUGUACCUAGAGAUCCCACCUUUCCGCUACAUUGCUUCACAACUUCACUUCCAUUGGGGUAGCUUGGCGGAUCAAAAAGGGUCAGAGCAUUGCAUUGGUGGCAGAAGGUAUCCAGCUGAGAUGCAUAUUGUGCAUUAUAACUCGAAGUAUGCCGAUGUAAGCACAGCCAUGGAGGCUGCAGACGGGUUGGCUGUGCUCGGAAUUCUCAUUGAGAUUGGUUCCUUCAAUCCUUCAUACGAUAAGAUAAUUUCUCAGUUAACAAAUAUUAAGUACAAAGGACAAAACAUUCAAAUUCCAGGAUUUAAUGUGCAGCAUCUUAUCCCUGAAAGACUGGAUGAGUAUUAUCGCUAUGAGGGUUCUCUUACAACCCCACCCUGUAAUCCUAGUGUGUUGUGGUCAGUUUUCCGGAAUCAUGUCUUCAUUUCGGAGGAACAGCUUCUACUCUUAGAGACAGCCCUGUACUGCACAGGACAGAACAGUUCUGCACCUAUAGAGAUGGUUGAUAACUACAGAAGGUUACAGCAGGAAGGUGACAGGCGGGUGUCUGUCUCUUUCCGGGAAGGCAUUGUUCUUGCAGUCACACUGGCUUGUGUACUCGGGACUGUAGUCCUUACUGCAGUGACAUGUUGGUUGUUUCAACGGAAAAAACGGGGGAAGGAGACCAAGAAAGUUGUGUACUCUCCCGCUGUGCCUAUGGAGGAAAAUACGUCAAAAGUAUGACAAAUGGCUGCCAACUACAUCAUUUAGGAAAGACAAUAAUAGAAAGUCUAUUUGGUGCAUGGAAGAUGAACCUGAUUACAAUUUUUUAAUUGACCUUUUGUAUUUAUCACUACUGCCAGUUUCCCAUAUGCAAAUCAGUUGCCGCUUGCAUGUCCAAUUUAGUUUGAAUAUAAAUUAUGGAAUUUAAAAUGUAAAAAUUUUUCCCUCUUUAGGUAUGACAGACAAGGAUUAGAAAACAUCCCAUUGUUAAUGCUAAUCUAAUUUAUUAUGCCCGUUGUUGUACUAAUAUUCCGGUUUCUAUUUUAUUUGAAACUUGAAGUUAUUGAAGUGGCUGAUGCAUUUUACUAGUAGCUUCGUCAUUUUGAACCACUGCAUUUUAGCCCGUUAUAGGGGACCUUAUUGCAGUUUUUUCUAGAACAUUCAGUUUAUCCCCUAAAUGUAUAUUUAGUUUGUGCUGUCUUAUUUUUAAUGUACGUGAAAUGAUCCCUAAAUGUAAGGUAUCAAUAGACUAUAAUAGAAGAACGUAUAAAACAUUUAAUGCCACUGAAUUGUAUUUAAACUUUUAUUCUCACCCUAAGCCUUUUCAACAAUUUUUUUCUGAACAGGAGUGUCCCAGAAAGAUGGGUGUCCAUAAUUUCAAUAUGUGUUUUAGUCCAAUGUAAUAAAUAUUGUAUCAGUUUUAGACUUGGAUUUUGGGUGCUAUACUGAACAAAGCUUUUUUUCUUUAAUGUCAACCACUAUUGUUCAAGAGAAUAGGAUAAAUUCCUCUACAGUAAAAUUUUACUGUUUUUAUGGGCAAUAUCCUAGACAUUUUAAAAAUAAUUUAAUGUAUGCUCUGUUUUUUUGUCAAAUGGAUGUCAAGUCUGCAGAACACAGAUGCCUUUUAAACCUCUCUUUACCAGUGUUUUUCCACUUUCCGUUAUUUCUGUGAGCCGUUCUGGCCUACGUGAGAAGUUGCACAUUUUUUUUUCUGACCAAAUAUAGAACAAUCUUCAAACAGUUCACUUUUCUGAAUGUUCCUUCUUAGUCUUCAUAGCUGCAUAUUGAGCCAAACCUAUAUGUAUUUGAAUGGACUUACAAACCAUACAACUCAGUAUUCCAAGAUAUGACCUCUAGUUUAUAUAGAUUUGUUUGAUGUUCUUGUAAUAUCAGCCUAAUUUUAAUGUAAUGCAUAUAAUGCAGAUUUUAUUACUGAAUAAUUAUGAUGAUAAUAAUAAUAAUAAU